GACCCGCCCUCCGUGAGGUAAACAGCACCCCCACGAUGCAUUUCGGAGUCGUUUCAAAGAUGGACGCGCGGAACCUUCCCAAAUGGACUCCGGAGCAGACGCGGAGGCUCAUCGUGUUUCGUUCACAGAACGACAAGCGCUUCACGCUCCACAAGGGAAGAGCAAAACAUCUGUGGGGGAUCCUGAUCAGAGACCUGGGGCUCGAGGGGAAGACGACACCGAAGCAGAUUGCCAAGAAGUGGGAAAACUUAAAGAUGAAGUAUAAGCUGCUGAAGGCUGACCUCCCUGAUGGCACGGGGCUCUGUUCCAAGGAGAGCUACUGGCGCUGGUUCGACCUGAUGGACCGGGCCAUGACUGGAAGCUUGGGGCAGUGGGAGGGGCCUGUCCUCGGCCUAGCCCCCCUGGUGGAGGGGGAGGAGUCUGUCCUAAGCCCCGCCCCCCUGGUGGAGGGGGAGGGGUCUGUCUUGAGCUCCGUUUCCUUUGUGGAAGGAGAGGGGUCAGUCAUAAGCCCCGUCCACCUUGCCAAUGGGGAGGGGUCUACCCUAAGCCCCACCCGCCUGGUCAUGGCGGAGUGCCAACAGUGGUCCGAGAGAGGGGGGGAGGGGGGGGUGACAGGCAGACAGCUGGAGAGGGAGGAGCUGGACCGGGAGAGGGAGGAGCUGGACCGAGAGAGGGAGGAGCUGGACCGAGAGAGGGAGGAGCUGCGCAGUGAGGCGGUCGCCGUGGAGACGCAGCGUGCAGUGCUGGAGAAGGACACGGCCGGGGUAGACUGCGAGCACGGGGUUCUGGAGCGGGAGCGGGCGGUUCUGGAGCGGGAGCGGGCGGUUCUGGAGCGGGAGCGGGCGGUUCUGGAGCAGGACCGGGCGAUUCUGGAGCGGGAGAGGAAGGAGCUGGCUGAGGGGCGGGGCCGAGGAGCGUGGCAUAAGGACAGGCUGCUCUGCCUCUGGGAAAGACUGAUGUAGACGCAAAGAAGCCCCGCUAGCCGCUAGCGCCACAAGCUAGCUUUGUUUAAACAAGUUGGCCGACCAAUGUUGUUGGAUUGGGUCCGUUUCACUCCAACAAUUGUCUAAUCAGGUGUCUAAUCUUUUGUGUAAAUAUGUUUGGAGGAUAUGUAUAUAUGACGUACAUGUAACUACAAUAAAAGUUGGCCGACCAAUGCUGUUGGAUUGGGUCAGUUUUACCAUAACAAUUGUCUAAUCAGGUGUCUAAUGUUUUGUGUAAAUAUGUUUGAGGAUAUGUAUAUAUGACGUACAUGUAACUACAAUAAAACAAACUUCAGCAGGCAUGUUUGUAUCUCAAUAAAGUGGUGUCUAAGGAUGGUUUUUAAA